AGUGCGUCACAGGUCGAGUGGAGGGGCGGGGCUCGCUACCUGUCGCUUGGGGCUCCUACAGCUCCAGGACUCUACACAUCCGAGCGGAGUCUUUGCUCCCCUCCCCCUGUGUUUUUCCGGGGCGUUUGUAGGUCCCGCACGUGUCCAGGGAAGGCGGAAACGGUUGCGGGGAACGUCUCCUUGCGAAGGGGCCUGAUCCUCGCCGCCAUGUCCGGGGGUUUUGAGCUGCAGCCGCAGGACGGCGGCCCCCGGCUAGCCCUGGCGCCCGGGGAGACGGUGAUUGGCCGCGGGCCGCUGCUGGGAAUAACAGAUAAGAGAGUGUCCAGAAGACAUGCCAUUCUUGAGGUGGUGGGUGGUCAGCUUCGAAUCAAACCGAUACACACAAAUCCAUGUUUUUAUCAGUCUCCUGAGAAUAGCCAGCUCUUACCAUUGAGGACAAAUCUAUGGCACUGGUUGAAUCCUGGAGAUAGUUUUUCUCUGCUAGUUGACAAGUACAUUUUCUGUGUUUCCUCUACAUAUUCUGAAAUGGAAUCGGAAUGUACUUUAAGAAAUAGUCAAAUGCUUGAUAAAGGUGACCUAGUGACUAAAACACCAGGAUCUUCCUUGGUUAAUUUGCCUGAUGAGACAACUGGUGCCUCACAGCUGGAAGGAAGCACAGAAAUAGCGACGACCCGGACUUCUACCACAAAUAAUGUGUCUUUCCUAGGUGAAUGCGCAGACUUCAGUAAGCAGCAGUCAAACCCUGCCCAGAGGAAAAGAAUCCUUCCAGCGUGGAUGUUAACAGAAAAUCUAAGUGAUCAAAACCUGUCAGCACCAGUCAUCAGUGGAAAUAAUAAUGUAACCCAGGAAAGCCAAAAAGAAGUAUUCUGCAAAGAUAAAACUCAAGUAAGCAUAACGCAGCAAGGAAGAAAGCGACUGGUUUCAACAGGAAGUCCAGAAAAGACAUCAGCUGAGCAAGACACAGGAAAAAAGUGCAAAAAUGCGCAUCAGAAAGAAUCUAUUAUUUCAUCCAAGGAAAUGCCACAAUCAUUUCCUGCAGUCACAUUAAGUAACACAGAGGCGAAUAGUAUGAAGACUAAUACACAGAGAAACAAAAUCCCAGUAGAGGAAAUUAGUAAAUUUUCUGAACAGAAAGUCAUAGCUAAAGGAGCUCCAGAUAAAGAAGAGGCAGUGAGCAGUCCCGAGAGUUGUUCAAGUGCCCAAGGCAAGUACUUCCACGAGGAGUCUCAAGGAGCUCAUCCUGAGUCCAGCUCUGAUCCCUCCAACCCUGAAACUGUGCAUGCAAAGGCAGCUGAUUCAGCUCCACAAGUUUCUGAGGAAAACAAGGUCAAGAGGGCCUCCUGCAUGUACGGGGCAAACUGCUACAGGAAGAAUCCUGCCCAUUUUCAACACUUCAGCCACCCUGGUGACAGUGAUUAUGGAGGGGCACAAGACACGUGUCGGGAUGAGGCUGAUGACAGGCCUGACUGUCCUUAUGGAGCAUCGUGUUAUAGGAAGAAUCCUCAGCACAAGAUAGAAUAUAAACAUAGUACACUUCCAGAGAGAAGCACUUUAGAUGAAGACAAUGAUAAUGUCGCGGAACCCGGUAAGUAUGACAUGAACGACAGCUUUGUAGAUGAUGAGGAGGAAGAAUAUGAGCCAACAGAUGAAGAUUCUGACUGGGAACCAGGAAAGGAGGACCAAGAGAAGGAAGAUAUGGACGAGCUUUUGAAAGAAGCAAAAAAGUUUAUGAAAAGAAAAAAGUAACUAUUUUCUGCAAUAAUAUAUGGCUCACAUGUGCUCUUUCUUUAUGGAAAAAAAUUGUGUAUUGGUUAUAAAAAGUAAAAAGCCAUAGGUUGCACACAACUUUGGUCUUUUUUUUUCUUUUUUCCAAAGAGUCUGUAUUUAUAGAAUACUAUAUGCCUCUUUUCAUUGCUAUUGAAGUAGUUCUUCAACAGAACCGGGAUUUAAAAAAUGACAGCCAUCAUAUAAUAGCUGUUAUUUUUCUAGUACCCUAGAUGCAAACUUGACAAUUUCAUUUACUGCUUUUGUUCUUUGAAGCUUUGGGAAUUUAGUACCAAAUGGAUACUGAAGAUAGAUUCAAUAAGACUGUAGAAGAGAAAUGCUCAAUAUGCAGGGAAUGUUAUUUUGUGCUCUACAUCUGUAAUUUACUCUAUGUCUGCGUUCAAAGGUGGAAAACCUCAGAGAAUUUGACAGUUUCUUUUUCAAACAUAAGUCCUGCCUGAUUAUAUUAUCUCUCAAUCUGCUGUCUUUACAUUAAGAAUAUAGAAACGAUUUUUAACCAUAAUUUUCUCAAAUGACCUUAGUUCUUUUGUCCUCACGUGAAAGUGACAAGUUGUCUGCCAGUGUUCAAGAUUCUUUUUAUUUCAAAAGAAACCCCUUAUUCUUCCAUUUAUGAAGUAUAUCUUUGUAGCUCUGUUCUUGAACUACUUUAGACUUUGUUAUACUGUUGAUUUUAGGUGAUUUAGAAUUUUUAAAAUAUAAUUUAGAAUCUUUAAUAAUAGUUGGAUGUAUAUACACAGUGCAGUAGGUAUAGUAUUGAAAUAAUAAAUCACUAAACCAAAAGUGUCCCUGUUAACAUUAAUAUUUUCUAUUAUAAGAGAACCAAAAAAAAUUAUAUCUUAAAAGAGCAACACAGAUUUAUAAUUGCUUCCUUAGUGUUUUUCAAUACCUUUCCAUGUAAUUGCAUAUUCACAUUUACUUAAACUGAGGCAGGAUAAGAUAAAUACUUCUCUAGACUAUUAUUACCUAUUAUUCUUACUUUGCCUCUAUUGUUAUUUGGGAACUCAUUUUCCUCUUCUCAUGUUCCUUUAGUCUUGGGGGCUUAAUAAAC